AUUUUCAAAACAAGUGUGACACAGAUGGAGAAUCUGAAUUCUGUCAUCAGUUAAGCAGACAGAAGAGGCCUUCACGAUGUCCAAAAUUACACAUCUGAUGGUUCUUCUGGUUCUGGGUUCUGCCAGGACCCAACAAAUUCCAAUUGUCUUGCAGGAUAAAUUUGAUUUAGAGAAGUUUAUGAGGGGGUGGUACGAAGUGGCGGUGGCGUCCACAUGCCCGCACUACAUGCAACGGAAAAGGGAAAACCCUGAGAUUGUUGCUUUGAAACUGGAGCAUGUCCCUUUUGGGAGCAACUUUACCAUGACAACCGCUACCUCAAGGAACAGCUCCUGCAUAGAGACCUCCACCAACUAUUUCCUCACUAACACUACAGGACGAUUCUUCCAUCACGUCACUCGAUUCAGAGCAGACAUCGAGCAGCCAACCUUCUAUUUUUUCAAACAUUUAAAAAACAAUAAAAUGUUUUAGCAAUACUAUUAUUUGUUUGAAAUUAACCAAACAUUUCAUUUAAAUUUAUACAUUAUUUUAAUAAAAUUUAAAUUGAAUACUAAAAUGGCAAUUGCAGAUUAUUAUAUAAAAGCCAAUACUUUCUUUUACAGUAUGACAAUCCA